UAAAUUAAUUUCAAUCAAUUAAAAUAAUCAGUUUUACAAGCCCACAAACCCCUCCCCUCUUCCUAUAAAUACCCCCCUCAUUUCUCCUCUACAACCUUCUUUCGCCAAUUUUGUGAACGCUCCGUAAAGAUUGUUUUGAACGAGACCAAAUUCACGCCUGAAUCCAGAUCUAGGGUUUUGUAACCUUUUUUUAUUUAUAAUUUCAUAUAGAAUUUGGGGGAAUUGGAUUUCGAACAAUCGUUUCUAUGUUUCACCGUGAAAUUUUAUGACGGCUAUAUUGAUGCGUCGGAUUAGAAUACUACACUCCUUCUCGGUAGUAUUCCUAUACUGGUUCUAUGUGUUUUCAUGAACUAGCCCUCUAAUUCCCAUCAAACCCUAAUUUCGUGCCUUCACAAAAUCGAAUUUCACCCACCAAAAGAAAAUCCCCUGAAUUUUUCCGGAUCACAAACAAGUUCGACACCCACCCCAAUCAAAUUCUUCAUUCAUUUUCGAGGAAAAUGUCUUCGAAACAACAGCCGACAAGCCCAGGUUCCGACAUGGACGAGAGAAAGAGAAAGCGCAAAUUAUCCAACCGCGAAUCCGCGCGCAGGUCUCGUAUGAGGAAGCAGCAGCACUUGGAUGAGAUGAUUGCGCAGGAGACUCAGAUACAGGAGGAGAACAAGAAGCUGAGGCAAAUGAUUGACAGUGCAUCGCAGCUGUACAUCAAUUUCGCAUCCGACAAUAACGUGCUGAGGGCUCAAGUGACUGAGCUGACCGACCGCCUUCGAUCUCUGAAUUCUGUGCUCCAAAUCGCGUCCGAAGUGAGCGGCCUUGCGUUUGAUAUUCCGGAUAUUCCGGAUACUCUGCUCGAGCCGUGGCAGCUGCCUUGCCCUAUCCAACCCAUAGCUGCUUCUGCAGAUAUGUUCCAAUACUGAAAAAUUGUUGGAAUUUGGAUCUUGAAGGGAUGUAAUAUGCCUAUUCUUCUUUGUUGGUUUGUGUUGAUUAGUGUUAGUUAUGAUAUUUAAGAUGAUGUUUGUUUAGGAUAUUAUUAUAUGUGGUUGUCUUUGGGUUGAAUAAUGUUUGAAUUUGGAUCUCGUGUAGCUAUGGUUGUCGAAUGUUGAAUAUAUUUUUGUAGUAUGUGAUUUACUCCGUCGCCGCAGGAUGCGUACACAAUAAACGGAUUUUGCAUCGAUUUUUAUAGUUGUAUUUGAGCUUUGUAAGACGUUGUGUUUUUGUAAUGGAUGUUUUCGAUGA